AUGCCCUAUCGCGAAUUAGUCGGUUGCCUAAUGUAUGCAUCUCUAACGACAAGACCGGAUCUUUCGGCAGCGGUGAACAAUUACAGCCAGUUCCAGGUAUGUCCGAACGAUCAACAUUGGGUUUAUUUAAAACGGAUGCUUAGAUAUGUAAAAGAAACGCUGGAUCUAGGAUUGAUAUACAAAGCCGAGGAAGAUUCGCCAAUCCUUGAAAUCCGAGAUGCCGAUUGGGCGUGUGAUGUGUUGGACCGUAAAUCUGUCACUGGUUGCGUGUUUAAGCUGUUUGGUUGUACCGUUGGAUGGCUGACAAGAAAGCAGCAAACAGUUUCGCUGUCAUCGACAGUAGCAGAGCUUGCAGCACUGUGUACGGCAGCGUGCCACGUUGUUUGGAUGAAACGGCUGCUUCUGGAUUUGAGAAAGACGACGGAUAAAGCGAUACCUGCUUACGAGGACAAUCAGUCUACAAUUAGGAUUGCCGAAGAUGCCCGCGACUACAGAAGACUGAAGCAUGUGGACACGAAAUUCCACUUCUUGCGAGAUCUGGUGCAGCAGGCGAUUAUCGACAUCAGGUUCGUGCGGUCAUCGGAACAGCAAGCUGACAUUAUGACCAAAGGUCUAGCGGCUGGUGUGUUCAAGCAACUGCGGUUUAAACUGGGUUUGGAGACUGUUUGUGGUUGA